UUUACAAUAGUUGAAAUCAUUUCUGUAACAGGCGUAUUAGUAUUGGCAACGCAAUUGGGUAGUUUCGAUUUAUCCUUUGACGCAUUUGUCUUAAGAAAUUUUUUAAAAAAUUUAAGAUGGCUGGCCAACCGCAGCAGAAAGAUGCACCUGAUCAAAAUUUUGAUUAUAUGUUCAAAAUUUUAAUAAUUGGCAACAGCAGUGUUGGAAAAACUUCAUUUUUAUUUCGAUAUGCUGAUGAUUCUUUUACUUCUGCAUUUGUAAGCACAGUUGGAAUCGAUUUCAAAGUGAAAACGGUUUUCCGUCAAGAUAAACGUGUUAAACUUCAAAUAUGGGAUACGGCUGGACAAGAACGAUAUAGAACUAUUACUACAGCUUAUUACAGAGGUGCAAUGGGCUUUAUUCUGAUGUAUGAUGUUACUAAUGAAGAAUCUUUCAAUAGUGUCCAGGACUGGGUUACACAAAUAAAAACUUAUUCCUGGGACAAUGCUCAAGUUGUUCUUGUUGGCAAUAAGUGUGACAUGGAAGAUGAACGUGUAGUUUCAGCUGAGCGUGGGCGACAAUUGGCCGAGCAGUUGGGGUUGGAAUUCUUCGAAACAUCUGCAAAAGAGAACAUUAAUGUGAAAGCCGUAUUUGAGCGUCUUGUGGAUAUCAUCUGUGAUAAGAUGUCUGAGAGUCUCGACUCUGAUCCUAACCUCAUAAAUGCUUCCAAAGGCACUCGUCUUACAGAAAAUCCUGCUCCUCCCACUGCAGGAUGUCAAUGUUAAGCAAUUUGAUCAAGAUAUAUUUUUCAUUACCAUACAGUGUUCCUUCUUUUUUUAAGUAUUUGAUAUAAGGCUUGGUAGGAUUCACAUUGAUAUCUUAGUCGACAACCAUUCAAUUAGAGGAAUCUUAAAUGUAUAGGGCAUUUACCUUGUGCUAAGGUACACUUCAUGUUUAGUUGGUUUUUCAAAUCUUUAGAUAUUUACAUUAUCUAAAACAAUAAUAAAAUUUGUUUGUCAUUCUUUACAAAUUUGUUUCAAAUAUUUUUUUUAGGUCGUGAACUGCAAGCUCUUUCUAUCUUACCAUUUAUUAGGCCAUGUACUAUAGGGCAAAAUUAACAGUCGAUGCGGCCACAGGGCAACUAAAUGUAACAAUUGGGGAUUAAAAAAUUGUCUGCCAGUCACAACCCAAUCUCCACUAUUUUUUGCAAAAAUGUACCCAAUGGGCAUUUUAUAAUAUUUUUUUAUAAUAAAUAUAUAAUUAUUAUGAAUAUUUCAUUGAAAACUACUUAUUUCAUGCUUGUUUCUUUUUUAAAAAAAAAAAUUUUUUAUAGAAAUGAACUUUGUAAAAAGGUUUCAAGAGUAAUACUUUACAUUAUUAAUAAGUUUAUUUAAUCGUUUAAAGCUUUCAACUUUUAAAAAAGUGACCACUGUUAAAAAUUUUGCCCUGUACCACCUAUAAUUUAUCAUGGGUUCUUGACCACAAAUAAAUUAACAUUCAAUUAACAAAUAAAUUAACAUCCUGCAUUCUGAAUUGGAUGCAUUGGAACACCUACAGAGAUCUCAUCUCCUGAGUAAUAUAGCCUGCCAGAAGGUAGAUCUUUAAAUUGUUUAUGGUCAAAAAUGGAUGCUAAAUAUGAAAAA